GAUAAGAUGUUUCGGUAACCACGUGAUGACGUCAAAAUAUGGCGUUUCAAUCAGCUGGGUGUUGUGUAGAGUGUGCUUGAGAUGCCCGUCUUUAGAAAAUCUACGAAGACUGCCGUCUGUCUACUCCAAUACUGACAAAGAAGAUAUUUCACACAAUAUGCCACCAGAUAGACCAGAUGCAUCUGAUGUGGAAACUGGUAUAGGACUAAGUACACAAGUUUUCAACUUUGGAGAUACAGUAUAUACAAUGAAAGAAAAAGAAAAUGCAAGUGUUUUUGUUGAAACAAAUUCAACUGAUGAACUUUCUAUGUCUGAAAAAUCUAUUGAAAAGAAUAGCCAAUCAGAUGAUGAUCUGACUUCUUUAAGUUGGCUUCAUCAACAGAAUCUAUUAAAGGGUUUAGAUAUUUCAAAUCCUACUAAAGAAAUGAAAAAUGAAAAUGUUUUAAAUAAUAAUGUUUGUGAUGAUAUGGCAGACUAUUCUGAAAAUACUAAUUCUAUAUCAAGUUUAGAUGAUGGUUAUUGUCCAGGAGAUAGCAAUAGCAAGAUAAAUAAUACAACAUCACAUGGUAAUAAUCAAAACUAUCAAGUCUCAAGUAAAAAUGGUCAAAAAUCAAUGCAAAUAUUUCAGGAAUCAGUAAAAAAUCAUUAUAGUAUUUCACAAAACAAUCAGACGAAGAUUUCUUUAAACAACAAUAAUUUGCCAGUCUCAAAUCGCAACAAACACCCAACUCAUAUACCAUAUGAUCCUCAUUUACAUAGAAACAGUAAACCUCCAUAUUCAUUUUCUUGUUUAAUUUUCAUGGCUAUUGAAGAUAGCCCUGUAAAAGCUCUACCAGUCAAGGAAGUAUAUGCUUGGAUUUUGGAUCACUUUCCAUAUUUUAGGAAUGCUCCAACUGGGUGGAAAAAUUCUGUUAGACAUAAUCUAAGCCUAAAUAAGUGCUUUCGUAAAGUAGAGAAAGCACCAAAUUUGGGCAAAGGUUCACUGUGGAUGGUAGAUGCCCAAUAUCGUCCAAACCUGAUACAAGCGUUAUCUCGUGCUCCUUUUCCUCCUCCAACUGUUCAAACUUUGUCUUCACCCGAAAAACCACAAAAAAAGAAUAUCAGUACGCGUCUACCUGAUCCUACACUUUUUCCAUAUCUUUCCAAAAGACUGGCAUCGAGCAACAUUAUUGACAACACAGAUACCGAAGUAGAUAGUGAUGUAGAUGCAGCUGCAGCUGCUAUGCUUUCUUUUAAACAUGGACCUAUUAUUUUAAAUCAUAAUAAAGAUCGUAAGCGAAAAGUACCAGAAUCAGAAAUGUUGGUUCCUGUGAUUACUAGGAGUUCUAGUGAAGAUCACACUUACAGUUGUAUUACCUCAGUAAGACAAGAAAGUAAAUAUCCAAGGAAAGAAACAAAUACCGAUUUUGAUGAACAACGGAAAAUAGCAGAAGGUGCAGAUGCACUUCUAAAUUUAGCAGGUGUUACUACACCGCUUAAUCACGGUAGGGCACAUCAUAUACAAAGUAUUAAUUCGACAUCAAAAUCCGAGAGUUCAUCAAAACUAAAAAAACGUUCAGCUUCAAACGAUUAUUCGAAUAUGUCUGAAAAAAGACGUAAGCAUUGGCCAAAAUGGAGUGAAGGAAAACGGUAUUUAAAGCAAAUUAUAUAAAAAUACUUUGGUCAUAUAUAUGUAGCAUCGCAAACUUCCUACUUUUCUUUUGAAACAUGAACCUUUCAAAAUUCUAAUGUUUAAUAUGAUUUUUGAGACUUAAAUCUUCUACUGAGAAAAAAUCUAUAAAUAUAAGAUGAAAGAUAAUAUCUUAUUAUUUAAAAAAAAAAUUUUAUCGGGUGCAUUUUUAUUUAAAACAAUAAAACUGAUAACAAAAGGAUGGCAAAAGAAAAUAAAAAAUUGGCGGUCGCUCAGGGUUUAGAACUUGCUGUAUGCCAAAAUAAAUAGCACUAAGUAACAAGCAAUAAUAGAAGAAUAGUGUUAAAGAAAAAAAAGAAUUACUUUUACAUGUUAUUAAAACAUGAAUUUAAUUAUAAGUAGUUCAUGAAAUGUCAAUGAAAAAAAAUAUUAUUGCGUACUAAAACUAAAAUAAUAACGAUAAAUUUUUUAGACCUGUUGUGACAAUUAUACAUAUUAAUUCAUAGAGAGUUUAAUUAAUAAUAAUAGAGUUCUAUAUUAGGUUUCUUGUAGAUAUGUAUAGAAAUAUAAUUGAUAUCUUACAAUAGAGAAAUUAAUAAUAUAUUUAAAAAAAGAUUAUAUAUAUACAUAUGUAUAUAUAUAUAUACAUAUAUAUAUAUACAUAAUAUAUAUAUGUGUAUAUAUAUAUAUACACACAUAUACAUAUACAAACGCGUUCGCGCAUCUAUACAAAACAUUCAUUCAUUAUCAAGCACAUACAUAUACAUAUACAUAUGUUCAUGUUCAUAUUCUCAUUUAUUCAUACUUAAAAUACAUCUGGUCAUACGCAGCUGUAUAUGUGCAGAAAAUGUGCUGCGAUAAACUAAAACAAAAAGAACUUAAAAAAAAUUGAGGUAUAGUGAAUAUGGAUUUGAACUGAAAAAUAUUAUCAUUUCAUGCCUUUUUCUACUCUCUUUAUUGCUUUUGAGAUAAUUUUAAACAGUGCUGUAUAUACAUAGUCCCUGUAAUGUAUGCACAGACCAGUUCAAAAAAUUUUGUUAGAACAUCAAUAUAUAUCGUGUCAAAUUGAUAAAUAUUGAUUGGAAGAAAUGUAUAAAGGUAUAUGGCAAGAGUAUCAUCCUAUUUUUAUAAAAAAACAAAAAUAAAAAAACAUAAUUAUAAUAUAAUAAUAAUUAAGAAAUAUUGUGAAUACCUGAUAAGUAAUGAAUAUAUAUGGCGAUGAAAGAUAUUAAAUAUUGAUAAACUGGUCUUGUAUACAUUGAUAUCGUAGUUCUAUAUAGAGAGAAGGUAUAUUUUUACAGGGCACAGCCCGCGUGAUAAAAGCUCUUCCUAAUAAUUGCUAAAAAAGAAAAAAGGAGAAGAAGAAAAAGGAAAAAAAAAGUUCAUUAGCUUAAACCAUUUAUUAAUUGUAUUUUGCGUGACACUACAAACAUAAUAUGGUAGCGCAGCCUAAAUAAUUCCAUAUUUACAUGCCAUAUGAGAAAACUUUCAUUAAAAAAGAAAAAAGGAAUGCAUGAUUUUAGUUUCGAGUAUAUCAAAUAUACUUGCAGAAAAAACUUACUUAAUGAAUUAAAAAUAGCAAAAUUUUUAAAUCAGAGACAUUUUUAGUUAUACAGUUAUGUAAAAAUUAAAUAAUAUCAGUUAUUAGGUUUAUAAUAAUAUUUAAGCGUCACAAUUGCGAUUAAAGAUAAAUUGUUAUUUGUAAUAUAUGUUAUUACUGCUGGCUCAGAUAUAUCUCAAAUGUGAAAAUUAUUAUUAUCGCUUUUCAUGAAGGUGCAAUUUAGUUUAACUUAUUAUAUUGUUUAUUCUUUAGUUAUUUUCGAAGUUAACGUGAUAAUGUUAAUAAUUUCAGUCAGUUAAAGUUACUGCACUUGAAAAAUUUAUGCUAAUCAUAUGAAACUGUGAGAUAUUAUAAAAAAAAUAGAGAAAACCAAAAAAAAAAAAUAGAUACAAUAAAUUUAAAAAAAAAAUAUCAAUAAGGCGCGCUGCCAAAAUAUUUCGUAUGAUUGUAGCUAUAAAGGGAAAAAAAUUUAAAAUAAAGGGUGCAAGGAAGAAUGCCAUAUUUAUACACGAUUUAAGAAAUUUCAAUUUUUGAGAGAAAUAUAUACAUUUCAAUGUAAAUGUAAAACUAUUCUAUAUAUUUAGCAUAUACGUAUUUAUAAUAUACAUAUAUAUUAUAUUAAAUAUGUUUUAGAGAAAUAAACAUGCCUGUGUUCGGUAUCGGGCAUUUUUUUUCGAAAUUUGUAUACGCACGAGCAAGACCAGUUUUUUGUAGACUUUAUGUUUUCUAUUGUCUGUGAUAUUAUUGCAAAAGUGAACACACCUUGUUGUUGUUAUUGUUGUUAAUUAUAUUUUGGUGAAACAGAAGUUUUAGAGCUUUAUAAGUUUUAUUGUUUAGAGGGAGAGAGAAAGAGAAAGAAAGAGAAAGUGUUUGCAACACUUUUCUGAUAUUAUUAAUUGGCAUUCUUGCUGACACCUAAACAUUCUGAUUUAGAUAGAAAAACUGGCAUCUUUAAAUUAGCAAUAUAUGAUAAAUAUUAUAUAUAUAUUGAAAGUAAUAUCACAGUUUUCACUCUAUUUGUUGAAAUUUUUAGUCUAGCUUUUGUUUGCUAUGACUGAAGAUCUGUUCUUCCAUGUAGUUUAUUCUAAUCAAUUAGGGGGUGGGAUGCCAUUUAUAAUAAUAGUAGCUAAUCAAUGCAUUACAAAUUAGAGUGAUCGAUUAGCAAGUGCAACAUAAAGCAAUAUAUACCAGUAAAUCCUGACAUCGGACAAAAUACUCGUUAGUCAGCUGGUCCAUACAAAAAAUAUUCAUCUAUAAAUCAAUGUUAUAUCGCGUGUUUGUAUAGAGAGAAAUAAGUAUAAAAAUUAUAAAUUAACACUAAUUGUACAAGAUAGUUAACAUACAGAGUAUUUUUUUAAUGAAGUAUUAUUGUAACAUAUAUUGUAAUGAAACUAUUAUUUUGUCUGUGUAAUUUUUAAAUGCAUAUAAAUUAUUAUUUAACACAAUAUUAAAUCCUGUUUCCUAUUAUAUGAGACCGGCUGGCAUAAAUAAAAAAAUAUCAUUAAGAACUUGAACACCAGAAAGAAAAGAAAAAAAAUAUUAAGUAUAAAAAACAAAUUAUAUUUCAUUGCGUUGCAACUAUCCAUGGACAAUCAAAUUCUAAUAUGGUGUUUAAUUUAUCUCCAUUACAUGACAUCGUGCCAAACGCAGAAAUCAUUUAUUUUGAGGAAUAGAUGUUUAUUUAUAUGUAUAUCUACAAGUUGUAUAUUGUAUGAAUUUUUGUUGGCGUAAUAUGUAAUAUUAUUAUUAUAUGUAAUAUUAUUAUUAUUACUAUUAUUAAUUAUAUUAUGAUUAUUAUUAUUAAUAUAAUUAUUACUCAUUUUAAAUGGAA